AUGACGGAAUCGUCCCCUCCCAGUGUAAAAAGCAGAAUGUCCUCACUAGCAGCUGCUGGUCUGGCAGGCACUAGCAAGAGACCUGCUACCUCAACUACGCCUUCAUCUACCAGCUCCGUGAGAGCUUCCAAAACUCCUGUUACAGCCUCCAAGACCGCUACAGCUAAAUCAGCAACGGCUUCGCCUGUUCGCUCAACUGCUGCCAAACCAACUGCAAGCUCAGUUCGAGCAUCAAAGACGCCUGUAGCUGGUAGCACGGCCACUAGAGCUGCUUCUACUUCUAGAGCCACUGCUACUCCAGGAGUGACUAGAAGAACUUCAGUAGCAUCAAGCAUAUCCACUACAGCUACUGCCACAGUAAGCCCCUCACUUACGCGAAAGACCACUGUUCCCUCAGUACGAUCAACAACUAGUUCAAUGGCAAAUGGUAGAGCUAAAGUAACCUCUCCCACCGCGUCAACCGCUCGUUCCGUUCGCACCGCAACUUCAGGUACACCUGCUACUCCCGUUCGUCGCACACCUUCGGUUGCUUCAUCUGGUACAACUGGUAGAUCAUCCGCUUCUCCAUCCUCUACAACAGCAACUGCCAAUGCUGCCAAAUCUGCCGAGAUGAUUGCGGAGUUGAAGGCUUAUAAGAUCAAGCAAGAAGAAUUGGAGGCUUUAGUAGCUGAAAAGCAAGCUUUGCUUGAUAGUAAGGAUGCUGAUUUGAACUCUCUCAAAGAAAGACUGGAGAAGAUCGAAACCGGAUUAGCGACCCCUGAGGAUUUGGAAAAUGAGAGCAAUAAUAGUAGUAGUGCUACUAAUAAUAAUGGCAAUUCAGACUACGCCGGUGGAAGCAGCGAUAACAAUAGCACAGCUAUCGCUGAAGCCGAAGAAGCAAUCGUGGAAUUGAAAGAGCAGUUGCAGCAAGUUGAGAAAGCUCGUGAUGAAGCCCUAGAGAAACAAAAGGAAGCAACUGUUCAGCUGGAAGAAGAAAAGGCUGCAUUAAUUAGACAACAAGAGGAGGCCGAAGAAUUGUUGAGAGAUCAAAUGGAAACAUUGCGCGAGAAAUUGGAAUCUGAAAAGAGAGAAUUGGCUGACCGUAUCGCUGAAAAAGAGUCGGAAAUGGCUCGUCUCAGAAAGGAUAUGGAUGAACUUCGUGAUAGUAUUCAGGACAUGCACAAGUCUCACCAAACGCGAAUGACUGGAUUCAGCAAUCAGUUGAACGAGCAGCAUGCGAAUCAAAUUGCAGCGAUGAAAGAAGAUUACGAGGAACAGUUGAGCAAAUUGCAGGAAACACUAAAGCAAUUGCAAGAACCUGAUUUGGACGCAGAGAAGUUACUGGAAGAUCAAAAGGCUGAAUUGUUGGCUAAAAUUGAGCAUCUGGAAUCUGCUUCUGCCGACUCCAAAACAGAAUUCCAAGCUGAAUUAGCCAAGUUGAAGGAGGAAUCAGCUCGUCAACUCGAGGAACUCGCAUCAGCUCAUCAAACACAAAAAGAUGAAAUUUCCGCUGCAUUGAAGAAAGAGAUCGCUUUAUUGAAGACAAGCCAUGAAAAAGAGCUCGAGAAUGCUAAAUUACUUCACAAAGCUGAGAUUGAGCAAGUGCAAGCAGCGAUUGACGAAGCUGAAAUCAAGAAAGUUCAGUCAGAAGCAGAGAAACUAUGCCGUGAAGAAUUCGAAAAGGAAUUAGCUAAUGCAAGAUCCGAGCACGAGUCAGUUUUGAAUGCUGCAAAGGAAGAACAAACUCGUAUUCAAAAAGAGAUUGAGCUACUAAAAUUGACUAGAGAGGAAGAGUGUACUGCACUGAAAAUUCAAUAUGAGCAGCUUGUACAAGAAGCCAAGGAAAAUGAAAAGAUCCGUGUCGAGGCAGAGUAUGAAAUCAAAUUGAACGAGCUCAGAUCUGCACACGCUGAGGCUUUGCAACAACAAAAUUCUCAAAGCCAAGAUGAACUCAAGUUGGAUAUCGAGAAUCUGAAGACCGCACAUGCUCAAGAAUUGCAAGACCUUGCUGAGAGUCAUGCCAACGCGAUUAAAGAAGUGAAGAAUACUACUGUUGCUAAUGCUCGCUCUGAGACUGAACGUCAAGUACGAGAAGAAUUUGAAGCCAAGAUCGAGCAACUAACUACUAGUCAUAACCAAGCCAUCGAGCAACUCCAAAGCCAUCAUUCCAGUCGUAUGGAGCAGCUGGAAUCGGAAAUGAAGGCUGAAAUUGAAAAGCAAGCUGCUAUUGCUCAAGAGCAUCAGAAGAAGGUGGAUCAACUGGUUUCCGAGAGAGAUGGCCAUCUGGAAACUAUUCGCAAAGAUGUGGAGGAUGCCUUGAAGGAGGUUCAUCAAGCUGAAAUUACUCGUCUUUUGGCAGAACAUGAAUCCAAAAUCAACGAGAUGAAACGAGACAACAUUUUACAAAGAGAUCGUGAGCGUGAAUCUGUCGAAGCCAAGCACCAGCAAGCAUUAUCCGAGCUGAAAUCCGUUCAUCAAGAAGCGCUCGCACAAUUAUCAGAGAAGCAUAGUGUUCAAUUGCAGGAGGCUCUUGCUGCUAGAAAUGACGGAGCAUCUCAUGACUUAUCUAAACAAAUGGAAGAUGUAAAUGAGAAGCAUGAGGCAGCACUAAGAGAAUUGGCCAAGCAACACGAACAAGAAUUGCGCGAGUCGGAAUCUAAGGCCAAGCAAGACUUUGAAACUACCAUCAAUGAGCUAAAGGAGGCUCAUAGUCAAGAGUUGAAUGACCUAGGUGCCAAGUUGAGCGCUGCAUCAGCAAAUGAUAACCAAAUGAACGAGCUUACUGCUAAAUUUGAAAAGGAAAUUUCUGAUUUAAAGGUACAGCAUUCUGAACAUGUAGAAAAUGUAACCAAGGAGUACGCUAGCCAAAGAGAGGUUCAUGCAGAAGAUUUGAAUAAAUCACAUGCUGUUGCCAUCGAGGAACUCAAGCAAGAACAUGGCAUUUUGAUGAAGAAUCUCGAGGACGAAUUGGAGACGCGUUUGAAAGCUGCUAUUGCUGAAUCGAAGGCCGAUUACGAAUCUGAGAAGAUUGCUCUCGAAAGCCGCCAUGAGGCCGAUAUUCAAGCACUCGAAGUCAAGUAUAACAAGGAACUGGAAGUAAUUCAAGCUGAAUUGUGCUCCAAAACCGACGCGUUAGUGCAAGCUGAAAAGGUAUCCAGCGAGCAGAUUGAAACACAACGUCAAGCAUUAGAGGCAUUGGAAAUCAAGCAUCAAGAUGUGUUGAAACAACUAGAAGUGCUCAAAGAGACUGGUUCCGGCGAGUUGACACAAAUAAUCGAAAAGCACAAUCAAGAACUGAAUCAACUGAGAGAACAAACCCAACAACUCGAAAAUGAACACAAGCAAGAAAUGGAGGAGGUACAAGCAUUACACGUUGUAGCGCUUGAUAAGCUCACCAAUGAACACCAGUUGGCUGUACAAACAGUUCAAGCAGAGCACAAGGUUACACUGGAUCAGGAACUAAGUUUACGUGAUGAAUUAAAAUCACAUCUUGAUACUGAAACUGAAACGCUCAAAGAGACCCAUUUGGCAACCAUUCAAACUUUAAAAGAAACGCAUCAAGCAGCAAUUGCAGCAUUGCAAAAGGAGAUUGCUGAUUUGAAGGAGACUCACAAAGAGAUGAUGGACAAGGAAAUCAAGGCAGUGAAAGAUGAGCACCAAGGCGUGCUAAAUCAGUUGGCUGCUAGUCAUUCAACAUUUGUCGAGGAGAUUCAUGCUUCACACAAAGAGGCAAUGAAACAAGUGGAAGAAAGCCAGGAAUCCAGAACCAUCGGUAACACUGAAAAGUUAAAGGCUGAGCUGCAAGAAAACCACGACAACAUACUGAGAAGCCUUACUCUGGAGCAUGAACAGGCCAUUGAGAAAUUACGAAAGGAUCAUGAAUUGCAACUCGAGGCCAUCAAGUCCAAGGUCGAGACCGAAAUUGCAGAAGACUAUGAAGCACAAAUGAACAAAUUAAUUUCUGAGCACAACCAAAUUAAAAAUCAAUUGGAAUCUCAAAUCAAGGAAAAUUUAGCGCUGAUCGAAGCAAACAAGCAAGAUUAUCAGCAACAAUUAUCGGCAUUGAAAUCAGAAAAUGAAUCAAAGUAUCUCAAGGACAAUGAAGAUAUCACUGAUAGAAUGCAACAGGAAAUUGAAUCAAUUCAAUUGAAAUGGCAGCAAGAAAAGCAGAAUACAUUGGAGAACCACCAAAAAGCAAUCGAAGUACUUUCAGACAAAUUGACAGCUAAAGAAAACCAACUGGAUCAUAUGACCAAUCAAUACAAUCAUAGUAAUGAAGAAUUGCGCACACUCAAGAUGGCUUAUGAGAAAAUGAUAGAAGUCAAGGAUAAAGAAAUUAAGGAAGCAACAGAAGAAAAGACGGAUGAUAGCCGUGUUCAAUCCAUCGUAGCCCAACAUCAGAAAGAAAUCAACGUUCUUCAAACUCAAUUCCAGCAAUUACUCGAUCUGAAGGACAAGGAACUGGAAGGGUUCUCUUACAGAUUAAAGACGGUUACAACAUCACAGCAAAAGGACCUGGAGAAAUUGAGUCAUGACUACCAACAAAAGUUAGCAGCUCUUGAUGCAGAAUGUCAAAAGAAGGAAGAAAACUUGAACUCAAAAACGUUAGAGCUUCGCUGGUCCACGGCUGAGUUUGAAUCUUCGGAGGCUAAAUUGAGGGACCAGGGCAUCAAACUCCAGAAAUUGGAAAAUGAAAACCAACAACUCCAUCAAGAAGUGCAACAAUGUAAAGAAGAAAAUACUCAAAUGCUGAGACUCAUCCAUCAACUUCAAUCAGAAAUGCAUCAUAUUCAUUGA